CUUUUUGCAAAUCAACAAUUUUUUUGACGCGAACGAGGCGUGAAGGUGGUCGCGAUGUCUUCGCUAAAUUUAAAUUUAUUUAUUUAUUCAGUACUGUUAUGUUUAGUGAGAGCCAAUAGUCAAACGGUGCAUAAACGUUUCGAAUACAAAUAUUCGUUCAAGCCGCCUUAUUUGGCGCAAAAAGAUGGAUCUGUUCCAUUCUGGGAGUACGGUGGAAACGCGAUAGCCUCAGGCGAGUCCGUCCGGCUGGCGCCGUCGCUGCGCAGCCAGAAGGGCGCCAUAUGGAGCAAGCAGCCGGUCAACUUCGACUGGUGGGAGGUGGACAUCAUGUUCAAGGUCACCGGCCGCGGCCGCAUCGGCGCCGACGGACUGGCGUUCUGGUACACGGCGGCGCGCGGCGACUACGCCGGCGAGGUGUUCGGGUCCUCCGACCGCUGGACCGGGCUGGGGCUCAUGUUCGACUCGUUCGACAACGACAACAAGCACAACAACCCCUACAUCAUGGCCGUGCUGAACGACGGCACCAAGGUGUUCGACCACAAGAGUGACGGGUCGCAGCAGCUGACGUCGGGCUGUCUGCGCGACUUCCGCAACAAGCCGUUCCCGACGCGCGCCCGCAUCGAGUACUACAUGAACACGCUCACCGUCUACUUCCACAACGGCAUGACGAACAACGAAGCAGACUACGAGCUGUGCUUCCGCGCUGAAAACGUGGUGCUGCCGCGAGGAGGAUACUUCGGCGUGUCGGCGGCCACCGGCGGGCUGGCCGACGACCACGACGUGCUGCAUCUACUGACAAGCUCGCUGCACGCCACGCAGCAGGGACAGGGUAUCUCCAGCGACGAGCAGGCGCGGCAUGCGGCCGAGUUCGCGGAGUACCAGCGCAAGCUUGACCAGCAGAAGGAGGACUACAGGAAGGAACACCCUGACGAGGUGCGCGACAAGGAGGGCGAGUUCGAGGACUGGUUCGAGUCGGACGGCCAGCGCGAGCUGCGGCAGAUCUUCCAGGGCCAGGGGCAGAUACACGACGUGUUGCGCGACCUGAACAAGAAGCUCGAUGAGGUGAUCGGCAAACAGAUGAACUCUCUGUCGAUGUUGACGGCGGUGUACGGCCACACGCAGGGGCAGCCGCUGCAGCCCGCCGCGCCCGGACAGGCGCCUGCGCAGAUGCCGGGGUUGCCCAUCGGGCGGCACGAGUGGGACGCGCUCGCCACCAACAACCAGAUACUCAUCAACACCGUCGCUGAACUCAAAGGCUUCAUAAUCGAGGUGUCUCGCAAGUCGGACUCCCUGCUGGCGGCGGGCGGCGGCGGCGGCGGCGCCACCCCGCAGCUGAUCACUGAGAUGCGGGACUCGCUGCACCAAGUCAAGCAGACUGUGCUGGGCGUCGCGCAGAGGAUAUCAGCGCAGCCGCAGGUGGCGCCGCCGGGCGGGCCGGGGGCGCCGGGCUGCCCCGCGGUCACGUGCGUGUCCCUGUGGGCGCUGCUGCUGGUGGCGGCGCUGCAGCUGGCCGCCAUGCUGGGGUACUCGGUGUACAAAGAAAGAAAAGAAGCUCAAGCGAAGAAGUUCUUCUGAGCGGCGCGGCGAGUCACCCACACCACCCACGCUCGGCACACGGCGCGGGCACCGCGGACACAGCUGUAUAUUGGAUAUUGUUGUCACCAUUAUACAGCUAAUGGCCCCGAUUCCUGCAGACACCUCCUAGUUAAACUUUAAGUUAUACCUGUAUUUUCUUACCCGCCGAAAAGGAAAGGGACGGAUGAUUGACAGCUCUUAAUUUUAGAAAGAAUGAGUAAAUGAAUGGAUAACCCAAGCGAAUCAAAAAGGUAUCUCGCUGGUAUGCAAACCGUUUGACGUGUGCUGUCAACUUAAUUCUGUCGGGUUAUUGACUGAUGUAAAAUUUUUAGACGGUUGUUUUAGAUUUGUGCUUAAAAUUGACGUGUGUCCCAUAAAAUUUAUGCUUGUCGAUUACCCGUCCCUUUCCUUUUCGGCGAAUAAGAAAAUGACAGAUAUGACUUAAAAUAAAAUUAGAUGGUGUUUACAGGAAUUAGCACCAACGUCUUACUAGAGCACACCCCAGACACUCCAUACAUAAAUCUCACUGUUACAGCACGCGUAAGUGCGAGCGAGACACAGUCCGCGCGCUCGCUUACCCCUCAGCGGCUUACAGUCAUAUAAGACUAAAGUAAGACCCAGAGGGGGUGAGGGCGGCGCCGUAUUGGUGCGGGCGGGGAGUUACCGUUGUAUACGUAGUAUAUUUCUUUAUUGUUUGCUUAGGGAGAUAGUGGUGGGGCCACGUGACCACAAGAUGGCCGCCGAGUGCCCACUGGCUGACCAAUCACGUGGCAGAACUAUCAGCAGUCCGGCACAGCGCCAAAUACAUUAAACAAUAAAUAGGCUGGGUAACGUCAAAUCCAAAAUUAUUUGUAUGGAAAUACUGAGGUGUGACGAGGUCAAAGUCGUGCUCAUUGUUGCUUAAUUCUUGUCUAUAAUUCGUUAACAAGUCGAAAACAACAAAGUUGACUUUGUUCAUUUUAGCUCCUAUUUGUAGAUUAUCAUUACCCAAGGUGUCCCUGCGGCGCCGUGUGCCGUGUGCCGGCGUCAUCGUCGUGGUGCCUCACUCAGUCUCGUCACAAACGCUCACUCAAAUAACGUAUCUACAGGGUUGUAAGUUAAGUGAAGCCACGAUGACGGCGUGUGUGUCGUUGCGGGGUGCGCAGCGAGUGAAGUGUUAACCGACGAGUGAAGGAACUGUGUACAUAAUAUUUAUAUUUGUCUUUAGUAAAUUUUAUUAUUUGUCACA